AUGGGUUUCAAUUUUAAUUAUCUCCCCGAUUCGUCGUCCUCUCCUCCUUCCAAUGGUGGUGAUACCCCCGAUAGUGAUUCCCCUCCACCCGAACACCAGCUUAAUAGUCCCUUUGAGCCUAUUAUAGAGACAUAUUACACUUCCUCCGAAGAGCCAUACUUCUCUGACUUCAACUUUCUAACCAGCUACGCAGGAGUGCCUAGCAGUGGCACCCAAAGUCCUUCGUCGGGAGUCUACAGCGGUAACUCCCAGAAUUCUUCUCCGUCAGGCCCAAUUUACAGUCCUCAAGCCAGCACCUGGGCAUCUUUACCGGUAUCUUCGUCUUAUUCGCAAAAUUUGAUGAAUCCGGGAGGACUGAUGCAGUCAAACUACGGCCGCUCGUCAACCUACUCUUCUGCUAGCCCCGCGUAUCCUCGAAGUUCUCAAUCUCCAGCAGACGGGCUACCGGCCCCAUUUGAAAGUGGUUCUCCAGCCUAUUCUCUUCCUGUUCCAGGAAGUGGAGCUGGUUACUCUAAUCUGCUUUCCCAACCUUCAAACCAAACCGCGUUGCAGAAUCCGAUGAUGACCAGCCAUUCGCAAGGAUCCCACCCCUCUACUCCCUCGACGACAGCUGCUCCAGACAGUUACGCGCGAUCGCAGUCGGGUUCUAGUUACUACUCAGCGCCGUCGUCAUCUACAGCUCACCAAUCCUCUUUCCCCUCCUUUACGUCUACCCACGCCUCCUCGUCACAGACGUCCCCGACAACGGCGGGAGCCUUGCCAAGAAGCCUGACAGCGCAUCAUUCUCCAAUGCAAGCACCGCCCUAUCCAGGGCAAUACCCAUAUUCAGGAGGCCCAGUCUUAACAAACAUGACGAACCCUGGAGGGCGUAUGCGGAUCGUAGGUCCUAUGUUAUCGGGGCACCAUUACCAACCACAGGGACAGUUGAUGGGAGCGCAUUCAAUGUAUUCUAGACAGACCGUUCAACAACAAGAGCGACCCUUCAAGUGCGACGAAUGCCCCACGCAAUUUAACCGCAACCACGACUUGAAGAGGCAUAAGAAGAUCCACCUUGCAAUCAAACCCUUUCCUUGUACCUUCUGUGACAAGAGCUUCUCGAGAAAAGAUGCCCUCAAGCGGCAUAGACUCGUUAAAGGUUGCGGAGGCGGAACUGAUUCUCCCGGCGAUGGAAACAAUAAAUCCCCUUCAGAUGAUCCGAACGUCGGACCCACUGACCCUCCGAGUUCAGAAUUAAUUAAGGAGGAACCGGCAUGA